GUCAACAACUCGGAGUCAGCGGACGGUUCUGCUAAAUUUUCCAUUUAAAUCAAGUUUUUGCCGUAAAAUUUACCACAAAUUCAACCAAAAAUGUCUUAUGAAACACCUCACGACGAUGGCCCAGGAUUUGUGGGCAUUCGUUUCUGCCAGGAAUGCAAUAAUAUGCUGUACCCGAAGGAGGACAAAGAAAACAAAGUUCUGCUGUACGCGUGCCGGAACUGCGACUAUAAACAGGAAGCGGACUCGAACUGCAUUUACGUGAACAAAAUUAUGCACGAAAUUGACGAGCUGACCCACAUCGUGCCGGACGUGAUAUCAGAUCCGACGUUGCCGCGAACCGAGGAGCACGCCUGUCCCAAGUGUGCCCACCGGGAGGCGGUCUUCUUCCAGGCGCAGACCCGGCGAGCCGAAGAGGAGAUGAGACUGUACUACGUGUGUACGAAUCCGAACUGUUGCCAUCGUUGGACCGAGUAGAAAACAUUCGACGUGGAUCAUACGUCUAUGAUCUUUAUGUUUUUGUAUUGAUAAUUGAAUGAACGUUCAAUAAAUAAAGGAUUUCUUUGUAAGUGCUGAA